AGCUGCGAGUUUCAGUGGAAAAAUAUGCAGAGGAGGAGCUACAGCAAGGACUUAAUAGCAACUACAGAUGGAUACUCCAGAUAAGAACCGAAUUACUGCUACUUCGCUGUCCAAGUUUGAGGAUUCUCCUGUCUUUAAUUACAUCAACAAUCUUUCACCCAUUGAGCCGGUUAAAUCCGUACACACUGGUCACUCAUUCAACUUGCUGAGUUUUACUUCUCCUUCAUCUGCGUUUGCUUCACCGCAGUUCAGUUCCUUCAGAGAAUCUAGAUUUUUACCUAAAAGUAAUCAAUCCCCAGAUCCAUUGAAGCCUGAGCAUACUCUCUGUGGAAAUGAAAACAAACCAAGUGAAGGGGAUUCAGAAGUUGCUCAACCAUCUGUUAGGUGUGCCCAACAACUGGAAUGUCUUAUGCCACAGAAUCCUGCUAGAGAGAUCACUCUUGAGCCACUUAAUGAACCCUUGGGCUUAGCUAUUGAGUUGUCAAAAACAAUGAAAUAUGAUUGUAGUAGCCCCGUUAGUAACAAGGUGUCUCGUGAUGCAAUGCAGACAAGCAAAGAGCCAGAAAUGGCAGCUGGACCAUCAUUUAUUCAAUCCAAUGAGGAUGACUUGAGAGGGAGACACCAGUUUGAAACGAAAAUAAAUUUGCGUAAAAUUCUUCGAAUUGAGCAAAGUGAAGAAGUAGCAGAAAGUGAUUGGAGCUCAUUGAUUUCUGAUGUCUCUGAUCUUCUAAACUCUAAUCCAUCCAUUGUUGAGUAUAAUUUUGAGGAAAAAGACCAGACGACAGUGGAUCCUGGAAUGGUGUCUUUCAUCUCAACAGCCCUACAUCCCCCUCAUGAUAAUUCCAAUGAUUUAGAGCAAACGGUAUCUACCGGUCCAAGUGGUUCUUGCAAACAGAGUGAAAUAAGAGAAGCAGUAACUCAAACUGGAGAAAUCGGGGAACUGAAGGAUUUGGAUCAGACACCUGAUUUUCUUUCUAGCACUCUUCUGAAUAAGUUAGUUGUUAGUGAGUCCAGAACAGAAGUGGAUGACAAGGGAGAAAAGUGUGGCCAGUCUAGCUGCAAGCAGCUUAAGAUACGAAGGCGUUGCCUGGUUUUUGAGAAGGCAGCGGGUCUCAAAAAGCAAGCUGAAAAUGAGUCUAACUGUACUUCAAUCCAGUUACAAUCUGAUCAUGAAGUUGCAUGCGUAGGAAAGCAGUUGGUCCCAGGUAAGAGGGAAAGUGGUUACUCUUCGUCCAUAUUACCGGGUGUUGGAUUGCACUUAAAUGCUCUUGCAGCUACUUCAAAUAAUGGCAAGAUUGUCAAGUGCCGAACUCUACCUUCUGGAAGGCAACUAAUAAGUAUGACAAGUUCCAUGUCCUCUGUUGGUUCUGUGACAUCCAGUCAAAAUCUUAAUGAAUCGUCGACUCUGCACUCCAUGGAAAGGGAUUCAUUUCCCUGUGACCAUAAAUUUAAGGUGAUGGAAAAUGCUCUGCAAACAUGCCCAAGUGAUGGUGGUGAAGAAUUCAACCAUUCUGAUCCCAAGAUAAAGAGAUACAAGCCAGAGCCUGAUGAUGAAAGUAAGGCCUGCAAGCGCUGCAAUUGUAAGAGGUCAAAAUGCUUGAAGCUUUACUGUGAAUGCUUUGCCGCUGGUCUCUACUGUGUAGAGCCUUGUUCAUGUCUAGAUUGCUUUAACAAGCCUAUUUAUGAAGAUACUGUGAUGGAGACUCGUAGACAGAUCGAAUCUCGCAACCCACUUGCAUUUGCUCCAAAAGUGAUCAAAAGUGUUGACUCUGUUACAGAAUAUGGGGAUGAAAUUAACAAGACUCCAGCUUCAGCCAGGCAUAAGAGUGGAUGCAACUGCAGAAAAUCAAGCUGCUUAAAAAAAUACUGCGAAUGCUUUCAGGGCGGUGUUGGAUGCUCUAUAAGCUGCAGAUGUGAAGGAUGUAAAAAUGCUUAUGGAAGAAAGGAUGGAGGUGAUGAAACUGAAGACGAAGGGGAAGAAUCAGAAGCCUGUGAAAAGAAUGAAUCAGACACAACCUUAACUGAUAAUGUGGUCAAAAAGGGUGAAGAGGAGUAUCCAGAUCUUCUGAUGAUACCUUCUGAUGUUACCAGGGGUAAACGCUCAGGAUCAUCUCUUUCUACUUUUGGUCCAUCUCCUAAGCUGUCCACCAGCAUAAAGCUUCGAACAUCUAAUCUUUUCCAUCAGCCCAAAUUUGAAACACAUCUUCAGGUGAUUCCAGAAGAAGAAACUCCCAAGAAUCUUGAAAGCAAUUACUCACCUACUGGUGGUGGUGGUGUGCACUCAGCCUCUCCAAACUGUAUGAGGAUUUUACCGCCUAAUAACAAGACAGGAUCAUCACAAUUUAGGUAUAGAACUAGGAGGUUGACUCUGAGACAGAUAACAUUCCCAUCAGCCACCCCAAGAGAACCUCAGUAAUAAUCUAAAAGCUCAAGUUUUCUUCAAAGAUGCUGAGGUUUGUUCUGGUUGUGCUGAGUGUGAGCCAAUUAAAGGUUUUAAAAUAUAAGAAAAGAAAAAGCAUGCCUACCUCUGGUAGGUAUCAGGUGUGUCAUCUUUCGGUGCCAACCUCAUAAUACUAAAUAAUUCCAUAAAAUUUAAUAUCAUGUAUCAUAUUCCUAUGUCUUCUAUUGUACAACUUAAAGAAAUUCCUGCAC